CCGCGCUUCGAGUAGACAGACGAUUCAUUUAUUACGUUUAUAUGGUAUAAAUGGAUAAACUGUAACUGUUUAUAUGCUGUGAAUAAUAAACAACUCUGAUUUAAGUAUUUAGAAUAUCUACAAAAAAUGAUUAAUUUCGAAGGUUAAAAUAUAGAACCUUCUUCAACUGCAGAAGUACAUAUGACAAAAGAGAAGCCUGUCCUCAGCUAAUAAGAAUGAGAAGAAGGAAGUCGAAGUACUGGUACCGUCUGUUGAUGAGAAAUGAUUAUGAAAUAAAUUUCUGAAAAGCUGAAGAUGCCUGUGAAAUAUUAUAACUACCUUAUGAAUAAAGAUCCGGAAUUUUUCGAUAUGGAGAGUUAGCUCCACUGCAUGGACGGAGGACAACGGAAUGAUUCUGCAAACAGACUUCUUCCUUUUGGUUGCAUCCGAUGCCCCACUAUGUUUCCCGACCUACGUGCUUCACACAUCUCCCAUUGGGGCACUUUUGAAAGCUAAGGUGUAUGUAAGAAAAGUGAGAAAUGCAGAGAAACUUUAGGAACGAGACCCAGGGAGGAAGCUGAACGCAUCCGGCGGGAUUUCCUUCACCUUGUCAGGCAAAGUGUCCACAAUCGUUGUUCAGUGAAUUUCUAAACGAAGUGGUCAUAGGCAGCUACCUUCACAAAGAGAAAGGAAAUUAAGAAAGUUUCUCCUCUUCUUAAACGAUUAAAGAACAGAUUGUCGCAUGCGAUCCUGGAACGAAAAGCUUAACAAAGGAAAUUUCAGGAGCUACGGUAAAGAUGUGCAUUAGAAAACCAAAGAGCUUGAUGUCAAGGUACACCAAAUAGAUGUAAAUUUCUGUUCGAAAGAAACUGUGUGCCUAAGUUGAGAACUGAUGAAAAUAUAAAUACCGCAUGAACCACAGUUGAUAAAGUAUAUUAUGAUAAAAUGCAUGGCCAGAUUUGGCUGGAGACUCACAAAAAGUUUCUAUUUCGUUGAACCGAGGGAGCUUAAUACCUACAUUUUCUGAAGACAUAAAUCGGCAUUAAUCAACACAUGUUUUUCUUCUGAAUGUCAUUCAUAUAUGAUUAAAUGGAACGUUUUGAUUUAUGUGAUUCAAAGACAUCUGUAGAUUUUUAAUUUCUUUUACAACCAAAUCUACAAUCUGAAUUAUCUUUAUUCAAGGUAAUUUAUACUAUUUAACGCAAAUAAAAGUACUUGUUUUUUGUGCUUAAAAAUGUAUCUUGAGACAUUUGUUUAAACUGAAACAAUACGCUUUUCAUCAUGUUAAGUUAAAAUAGUUUUCCUUUUCAAAAUGGAAGAAUUAAAAAGUGUAAUGGAACUUAAUGAAAAUUUAUAAAAUUUUCGGUGAUAAAUACUAUAGUAAAAUUAUUUUAUACGAUAAAUGCUUCGUUGCUUUUGCAGCAUACAAAUUAUUUGUAAAUUAUGCCAAGACCAAAAGCAGAAAAAAUGACAUCUGUGCUACAUGGUCAAAGACAUAUGUAAUCUUUUAUGUGACUGUUCAAUGCAAGAAUGAAUGUUAAUUUUGAAACUGAAUGUUUUAGUUCAAGCUUAUUAAAAGCUAUGUAAAAAUUUAUUCCAGACUUCAUAAACAUCAAGAUAUCAUGUGGCUUAAUGAAACGUCAGACAAUUCCAUAGGAAUUGUUCCUCCUGUUUAUUCAACAAACAUUAGUUUAAAUGAUGUUAUAGAUUACAAAUUAAAUUUUUUCGAGGAUGCAUCUAAUUUAUCUGACGUUAAUAUACCUUCUGUGGCAACACAUGUUGCUAAUCUUUUAAAUCUAUCUACGAGCUUUGACGCAACGAAGGGCAUGGUAUUAUCUAAUACAAGUUCAAUAUUUGUAGCAGAACAUGAAUCUUCUGUUAUAUAUACGAGAAACUCAACAGGAUUCGAACCUACCUUUCAUAAUAAUUUGCUUGCUGUUGUUCUAGCAUUCUUCUGUAUGGCAACAAUCUUCGGAAAUGUGCUAGUCAUGGUUGCUGUUGCAAGAGAACCGUAUUUACAUACUGUGACAAAUUAUUUCAUAGCUUCAUUAGCCACCGCAGACUGUAUUGUUGGUGCUGUCGUUAUGCCGUUUUGUGUUGUAUUAGAAGUCUGCGACGGUUACUGGCCUUUUGGACAAGACUGGUGUGAUAUCUGGCGUUCUAUUGAUGUUCUGGCAAGUACGGCAUCAAUUUUAAAUCUUUGUGUAAUAUCUCUUGACAGAUAUUGGGCUAUAACUGAUUCAAUGUCUUACCCAAGUAAAAUGACUCCCACAAGAGCCGGUAUUCUUAUAGCUGCAGUAUGGGUGUGUUCCGCGUUGAUAUCAUUCCCUGCAAUAGCUUGGUGGAGAGCAGUAUCUACAUUUCCACCUCCGGAGUAUCAAUGUUUAUUCACUGAAGAUGUCGGCUAUUUAGUGUUUUCCUCUGCUGUAUCCUUUUAUGUUCCACUGACUGUAAUGUUAUUCACUUACUAUCGAAUAUAUAGAGCCGCAAUGGAGCAAAAGAAAAGCUUAAAAAUGGGAACUAAACAAGUGCAUGCUGUCAAUGGCGGACACUGUGCUUCACUGACAUUGAGGAUUCAUCGUGGUGGAAUGCUUUCACCAAAAUACGAGCCUAAUCUAGCGAACGGUGACCAUCACAAUGAUGAUUACCAUGAAGGAACAUCUCUGAAAGUUCCCUCAAGGCACAUGAAGAGUUUCUCACUCAGCAGAAAAAUCAGUAAACUCGCUAAAGAGCGUAAAGCCGCCAAAACACUUGGAAUUGUUAUGGGCGUCUUUAUAUUAUGCUGGCUCCCCUUCUUUGUUACUAACGUUCUUAUGGGAAUUUGUGGAGAUCGCUGUGUCAUGAACUCUGAACUUGUAUUUUCCGUGGUAACUUGGUUAGGAUGGACCAACUCUGGAAUGAACCCAGUUAUAUACGCAUGCUGGAGUCGAGAUUUCAGAAGAGCUUUCAUAAAACUACUUUGCUCAUGUUGUCCCAAGUAUCUCAGGGGCAAGCAGAAGCACAGAUCAAGAUUCCGCCAGGUGGUCAGAGAUGAAGUUUCUCUUCCUCACUUAAAAUCUUCAGCAAACCCUAUUUCUAUCGAAGAUAUUCAUCUAUGACUACAUGAUCCUGAUUCGUUCCUAAAUGUAUGUUGAUCAUUUGACAAAUAUGAUUAUAUGUGAUAAAUGCAGCAAACAGUAACUGGCAUCUAAGUAUUCAUGUAAAGUAUGCAUUUAUGAUAAAUUUUAAUGUAGCAAAAUUUGUGUUCAACGUAAUAAACAAUUGCAUUUUCCGAAACGUUUCAAAAAUUGCAGUCGGGGCAUAAAACUGAGUGAUUGUUAUACAGUAAUGAAUUGCAUGAAGAGGAAACAGAGGUUUAAAAUAAUUAAUGUGAGUGUAUGUAUUUCUACUACAUACUACUGAGUUCAUUACAUGUUCUAAUACUUUUUAUACUAUGCACUUAGUAAAUCAUUUUCUAUAUACUUUUUUCGAUAAAUAUUAAUAUAUUUGAGUGGAUAGAAAAUGAAUUGAAAGUAGGGAUUCUAAUUGUUUUCCUAGUAAGCUUGUUCUUGUACAAAUUAAUUAAAAUAUAUCGUUAGCGCCAGAUUUUUAAGAAAACUGCCCUUCAAAAAGCUUCUCCACUCAAUUUUUAAAAGUACAAUAUUGUUAUACUUUGCCUUAUCACCAUACGCUCAAAUUUACUAGCAUUUAAAAUUAAUUUGCUGAAAAAAAAUAUUUGGAAAACUUGUUUCAAUUAAUAAUUUUUCAAUUAAGGCCGCAAUUUUUUUUAUAAAAUACUUUAUUAAAUGAGAUGAGGAAAGGCAUUAAUAAAUGUUUUUGUUAUUUCCCUAACGUGAAAGAACUUACCAGGAACCCAAAGUAUAAGUUUCAAAUUAGCUGUAUAAACUUGCUAAUUAAAAGUCUAGACAUCAGCAGCUUCCUUUAAACUUUGUAAUUUAUGCUUGUACUUAAACCCGCGAAAGAUGUGUGAGAAGGUUAGUAAACAUUCUUUCAUUCAGAUAAGGACAAAUUCAAUGCUCAGUCAUUCCUAAUGUAGCUUCUGUGGAAUUAUAAAUAGGGCUAUAUUAGUAACAAAGCUUCAUAGUUUUACUUUGCGAUUGCAUUAAAGGUAGAAUUUCUCGGGACGUUAGGAAUUUUGCAUGUUGAAACGUAGAGCAUCUUUUUGCUUCCGACAGUUAUAACUGCUUACACUUAGGGUUAUUUCAUCUCUCAGCAUAUAAUGACACUUUUGGGACAUAUUGUAUUAAUGUCAUUACUAUGUGUAUAUCUGUCAUGCCGCAUUAUUUAAUAUAAUUAAUUGUUAAAUAUAUACACUUUAGUGCCAACUAUUGUCGUGUUCUUCUACUUAAUGUCUGAAAACUUAAAAACGUGUUGUGUUUUUGAUCAAACUAGAAUUUUCUGUUUCAGUGUUAAAAACUGUUUAAGAAAUGUAUUUAUUCUCAGAUAUGCACCUGAGUACAUUUUAUCGUUGUGUUUUUCUUGUUUAAUAAAAGUAAUUGUUUGUUAUAUGUGUAUUGUAACAGUAUUCUAUUGGCUCUUUAAGGCAUAAUAAAAGAAGCAUUUAUUUAUUGCGA